AUGGAUGCGAAAUUGGCCAGAAUCUUGCGCAAUGUAGCCCAUGACACAGUGGUGGAAUUUCAAGGAACGGGAGAUGCAUCUGGAUCCACCUACGACUAUGGUGGUACCCGGCCACCCUAUAUUCCGCAAGACAGUAGCAGCAGCAACAACAACAACAGUUCUGGAGGUGGUUCACCAGCUUGGCGUUGGAUGUUGGCGGCGGUUCUCAUGGCAGGAGGAUUAGGAUCGUACUGGAUGGCUGGAAAACGGCAACAAAGAUCGAUUGUGCCUACUAGCACUGGUGACUAUGGAUGGAAUCCCAUAUCGCAUGACGAUGUCAUGGAGUUGACCAAUGUGCCCAACUCGGGCGCAGCAAUGCCGCUUGCUUAG